UCCCCCGUGUAAGAGUGAGGUGGAGGAGGACAUUCCAGGAGAUGUCACCACAGAGAAUCACAGUAAGAAAUCUGAGGAAAACGUCAUGUUAUCACUAAAAUAUAAACUUGAAAAUGAAGAUAUCAUGCAGUGCUCUUCAGGAAAAAACCUUAAUGUACAUUCAGGACUUCACAGUACAGAACUGUCAUAUAAUCCCCCUAAUCCAUCUCCUGACCAAUUACUGAUUGUUACCACAAAUGUAGGUAAGCAAGUAGGGAGUAAAAGGUUUCACUGUGAAAAGGAGUUCACAAAGAGAUCAAGUCUUUCUACACACAGAAGAAUUCACACAGGAGAGAAGUCAUACUCCUGUUCAGAAUGUGGGAAAUGCUUUUCAUAUAAAUCACAUCUUGUUAAACAUGAGCGAAUUCACACAGGAGAGAAACCAUAUUCCUGUUCAGAAUGUGGGAAAUGUUUUGCCCAAAAAGCAUGUCUUAUUGCACAUGAGAGAGUCCACACAGGAGAGAAGCCAUAUUCAUGUUCAGAAUGUGGGAAAUGUUUUAGCAAUAAAUCACAUCUUGUUACACAUGAGAGAAUUCACACAGGAGAGAAGCCAUAUUCCUGUUCAGAAUGUGGAAAAUGUUUUACACAAAAAGCAUGGCUUAUUACACACGAGAGAAUUCACACAGGAGAGAAACCAUAUUCAUGUUCCGAAUGUGGGAAAUGUUUUGCAGUUAAAUCGGUUCUUGUUAAACACCAGAGAAUUCACACAGGACAGAAACUACAUUCAUGUUCAGAAUGUGGGAAAUGUUUUACUUGGAAAUCAAAUCUUGUUACACAUAAGAAAAUUCACACAGGAGAUAAGCCAUAUUCAUGUUCAGAAUGUGGGAAAUGUUUCACUUGGAAAUCACAUCUAAUUACACAUGAGAGAUGUCACACAGGAGAGAAGCCGUAUUCAUGUUCAGAAUGUGGGAAAUGUUUUGCAGGAAAAUCAGUUUUUGUUAAACAUGAGAGAAGUCACACAGAGAAGAAUCUAUAGUGCUGGAAUUCUAUAUAAAAAAUAAUAAUAAUAAUUUUAAUCCCUUGUUAUUCAUAGACAUGAAAGUUGGGGGCUAAAUGGGAACAUGUGCUGCAGAUUAGCAACUUGUUUUUGUGCAGAUAUUUUAUGGCUAUUAUAU